AUGUCUCUUGACAUGGUCCAGCAAGUUGAUAACAGCUUUGACGCAAAUGGUUUUUUUCACCCAGUACUUGCGGACCUUCCCACUAUAAUGGAGAGCGAUGAACUGCAGAGCAGUAAUCCUGGAGCACUCGUGUCUUCUCCAACUGAUAGUGUUCGCCAAAAUCCCUUAGAUCUUGAGAAUAGAGCAGUUACAGAAAAGAAUAUAUCAACGGCAUCUUCACACAAUCAUACAUUCAUGGUUACUCGACCAGAUACACCGGACACUGACAAAACAGCAGUUGAUCCAGGAAAUGGAACAGUCGAUUCACCAUCGGCAUUGUCUCCCUCACAGGGUGAUAGCAGACCAACCACACCAAUUAGUGGUAAGGUCUCUAGACGUUCAUCUGCUUCACAACUAAAUGCUAACAGAUCACAAACACCUGAUUUGAUAAAAAGAGUGUCUCGGAGUAAAAACAGAGGUUCGCCAACACCCGGUGGCUCCCGUACACCUUCCAGGAGUAGGUCUAACACUCCAGAUGGUGAUAGGUCUAGACUCAAAGCCUCACAGAAUUUCUUGAAUGAUCCCAACUACGAGAUGAAACCACUUAGAGAGAAUUUGACUAGUAGUAAUUUCAUACACCUUGGACUUUCUGGCGAAAUUAAUUUCCCUUCAGCGAACGUUCGUGAAAUAACUAUUGGAGUGUUCCAUGUAUUUAAUCCAACAGAUAAUGCCAUAAAUUGGUCCCUUGUUUCUGCAAGCAGGCCAAUGUUUCGUCGACUAGGAACGGCAACGAAUGCAGCCCAAAAGGUUGAAGAUGAGAUUUUUGUGGUUACCAAACCAAGAGGGUUCUUGCGACCAAAGCAUGCAGAUCGGGUUGACGUUAAGUUUCGUCCUCUGGGAGUUGGCACCUACAGUCAGACAUAUGUGCUAGAAGGUACUAUAGAUGGUAGUACGACGGCAGCGGUUGACGCUGUGUCUAUGAAGUUCCAAGGGAUAUCAACUGAGAACACAUUUAGUUCACUUUUACAAAAACACAGAGCACCGGCAAAGGAAAUAAAAUUUGAGGUAGAUGAAACCACUAUUAAAAUACCACCUACGAGGGUUAGCAAACAACGUUCGAUGGGAAUCAAAAUAAUAAAUGUGGCAAAAGAAACAAUUAGACUAACAUGUAAAUGUGAAACAACGACUGGCCCCGGAGGCAAAUUCGUACUGUCAUUACCCAUGAAUAGCGUUGUGGUAAAACCGGAAGGAUAUUCUAUAAUUCCUGUGCGAUUUCAACCAAGGGCGAGCGGCGAGGUGAAGGGUGUUGUUACAAUAAAUGGACCGGGAAAAGCAGAGGUGAAAGUGGAUGUGAUUGCAAAAGGAAUUUUAGAUAAUCAGACUAUAUAG